AGAGAGAGACCUGGAAAUGAAAGUAAAGAGCUCAGUAAGCACAUGGAAGGAGCUGCCGGGGCAGCAGUUCCAGAAGCAAAAUGCUUCCUUCUAUAAUUAAAUAGCAUUUACUAUUAUUAUUACUAAUAAUAAUAAUAUAAUAAUAUCUCUAGUAAUAUCAUACCAUUUAUCAAGGCCAGUUAUAGAUCCGGUGGGGGGAGUAAACCCAGCAGAGAGACGGUAAUGGAGAGGCAGAAGAGGAAAGAUGAAAUAGAGAAGGGGCUGCAGUUCAUCCAGUCCACCUUACCCCUGAGGCAAGAAGAUUAUGAGGCCUUCCUGCAGAAGCUGGUGCGGAACCUGUUUGCGGAGGGGAACGACCUGUACCGGGAGCGGGACUUCAAGCAGGCGCUGGUGCAGUACGUGGAAGGCCUGAACGUGGCCGACUACGCCGCCUCCGACGAGGUGGCCCUGCCCCCGGACCUGCUCUGCAAGCUGCACGUCAACCGGGCCGCCUGCUACUUCACCAUGGGCCUGUAUGAAAAAGCGCUGGAGGACAGUGAGAAAGCUUUGGAGCUGGACCAGGACAACAUCAGGGCCCUUUUCAGGAAAGCCCGCGCGCUGAACGAGCUGGGGAGACACAAGGAAGCGUACGAAUGCAGCAGCCACUGCUCCCUGACCCUCCCACACGAUGAAAGUGUCACCCAACUUGGCCAGGAGCUGGCUCAGAAACUGGGGCUCCGGGUGCGCAAAGCCUACAAGAGACCACAGCAGGAACUCGAAACAUUCUCUCUGCUCAGCAACGGCACCUCAGCGGACGCGGCGGAUCAGGGCCCACCCGACGGACCAGGCUCCAUAGAUGACAUCGAAACAGACUCCACCCUGAACCUGCAGGUGCCCGAGCUCCCCGGGGUCCCAUCCAUAGUUGGAGCCGAGGCCCUGGGCUCCGACCCCUCCCCGCUGUUCCCUCCCGCCGCCGCCUCCUCCGUGCUGACCCCGCCGGACCGGGGCGGGCCCGGGGCCGGGCCCGAGAGCCCAGAGGACUUCUCCGACGGGGACGUCUUGGGCCCGGAACUGGACUCGCUGCUGGACUCGCCCUAUGCGUUGUCUCUGGUCCAGGGCAGCCUCUCCUCCAGCCUGCCCAGCGAGAUGCCACAGCUCAUCCCCGUGUUCCCGGGUGGCACCCCCCUCCUGCCUCCCGUGGUGCCCGGCUCCAUCCCCGUGUCCACCCCCCUGCCCCCCGCCUCCUUCGGCCUGGUCAUGGAUCCCACCAAGAAGCUGGCCUCCGCUGUCCUGGACGCCUUUGACGCCCCGGGGCCCCCGCUGGACUCCCUCGACCCGCUGGAUCUGCUGCCCUACACGGAGGCCCGGAUGGAUGCCUUAGACAGCUUUGGGCCAGUCCGUGCUUCCCUGGACACUCUGGACUCCUUCUCCGGGGAGGAGACCCUCCCCUCCGACCUACGAACCCCCAGCGGCGGCGGGAGUAGCCAGAAGCCCCCCGCGGUGGUCAGUCUCGGCAGCGGCAGCCACCCCCCUCUGCCCAAGAUGGCGGACCUCCUCCUGUCCCAGCCCGAGCCCGCGAUGCCCAACACCGCCCUGCUGGUCAAGAACCCCCUGGCACCGACCCACCUCUUCAAACAGGCCUGCCAGCUGUGCUAUCCCAAGACAGGGCCCAGGGCCGGCGACUACACCUUCCGGGAGGGUCUGGAGCACAAGUGCAAGCGGGACGUGCUGCUGGGGAGACUGCGCAGCUCCGAGGACAAGACCUGGAAGCGAAUCCGGCCCCGCCCCACCAAGACCAACUUCGUGGGCUCCUAUUACCUGUGCAAAGACAUGAUUAACAAGCAGGACUGUAAGUACGGGGAUAACUGCACCUUCGCGUACCACCAGGAGGAGAUUGACGUGUGGACGGAGGAGAGGAAGGGCACCCUCAACCGCGACCUCCUCUUUGACCCGCUGGGCGGGGUCAGGCGGGGCACGCUCACCAUCGACAAGCUGCUCAAAGAGCACCAAGGCAUCUUCACCUUCCUCUGUGAGAUCUGCUUCGACAGCAAGCCCCGCAUCAUCAGCAAAGGGACCAAGGACUCCCCGGCCGUCUGCUCCAACCUGGCAGCGAAGCACAGCUUCUAUGACAACAAGUGCCUGGUCCACAUCGUGCGCUCCACGACGCUCAAGUACUCCAAGAUCCGCCAGUUCCAGGAGCACUUCCAGUUUGACGUGUGCCGCCAUGAGGUGCGUUACGGCUGCCUGCGGGAAGACAGCUGCCACUUCGCCCACAGCUUCAUCGAGCUCAAGGUCUGGCUGCUGCAGCAAUACUCGGGCAUGACCCACGAAGACAUUGUCCUGGAAUCCAAGAAGUUCUGGCAACAGAUGGAGAGCCACACGGGCAAAGCCGCCAACAGCAUGAUCUCCUUGCGGGGUGCCCCGCCCAGCACCUUCGACCUGCAGAUGAAAUUUGUGUGCGGCCAGUGCUGGCGGAACGGCCAGGUGGUGGAGCCCGACAAGGACCUCAAGUACUGCAGCGCCAAGGCCCAGCACUGCUGGACCAAGGAGCGGCGAGUUCUGCUGGUCAUGUCCAAAGUCAAGAGGAAGUGGGUGUCCGUCCGCCCGCUGCCGAACAUCCGUAACUUCCCGCAGCAGUACGACCUGUGCAUCCACGCCCAGAACGGCCGCAAGUGUCAGUACGUGGGGAACUGUUCCUUCGCCCACAGCCCCGAGGAGAGGGACAUGUGGACCUUCAUGAAGGAGAACAAGAUCCUGGACAUGCAGCAGACCUACGACAUGUGGCUGAAGAAGCACAACCCGGGCAAGCCGGGGGAGGGGACCCCACUGACGCCCCGGGAAGGAGAGAAGCAGAUCCAGAUGCCCACCGACUAUGCCGACAUCAUGAUGGGGUACCACUGCUGGCUCUGCGGGAAGAACAGCAACAGCAAGAAGCAGUGGCAACAACACAUCCAGUCCGAGAAGCACAAGGAGAAGGUCUUCACCUCCGAUGGCGAAUCCGGCUGCUGGGCCUUCCGUUUCCCCAUGGGCGAAUUCCAGCUGUGUGACAGGUUCCAGAAGACCAAGGCCUGCCCGGAGGCGGACAAGUGUCGCUUCGCGCACGGCCUGGAGGAGCUGACCGAGUGGCUGGACCGGCGGGAGGUGUUGAAGCAGAAGGUGGCCAAGGCGCGCAAGGACAUGCUGCUCUGCCCCCGCGAUGACGACUUUGGCAAAUACAACUUCCUAUUGCAGGAUGACAAAUAAUGGGGCCGCGGGGGCUGCGGGAGGGGCUGCGGGGGGGUGGGCAUGGAGGUCAGUGGGACAACUUCGGCAAAUACAACUUCCACGUAGGGGCCAUCGGUGGGUGGGGGGACGGUGCGGAAGGGGCCGGGGGAGGCGGAGGCCGGGGGUUUUCGGCUGUAGGACGGGCGCAGCCCCCAGCGUCCGGCCUCUUCCACGGAGCUGGGUUCUCCGGCCCCUCCCGGGGGUUCUGGUUUCCGUUCUUUACGGGGAGCCGAGGGGCAAAUCCCUUCGCCCCUUCGACUCUCCAAGACCACAGCUCGACCCUUUCCCUUCCUGAGGUUCGGUUCAGCCCGGCCGGUUGCGGGGCGGUGGGGAGCGCUUCGGACGGAGGGGACGGGCAGUGGGUGCCAGCCCAGCCCCUCCUCCGCCCUGAGCACCGAGGCGGACCAGAGCUCGUCUCCCCGGGGAGACGAGCUCUGUGGCCGUCAGCGUUUGACCCCCGUGGGCCCCGGGCUGAGCACAUCCGAGCCGGCCAGAGACCCCACCUCUGUGCAUCACGUGCCGCCGUCCUCUCCCGCCUCAGCGGUGGGGUGAGGAGGAUCCUUUAGGGGCAGAGGCCCCUGGUUUGCUUGGUCUCUGGCCGGCUGGAUCACGGUCAGCCCCAGGCUGGGGGAGAUCCACCUUCCCCUCGGGCUUGGGGGUAAUCUUGCCUCGGGGACGGGGAGGGGCUUUGUCGGGGAUCCAUCUGCUUCAAAUCGUCGGGGUCCCUGGGGUCUCCGGGGUGACCGUUCUGUGGGAGCGCGUCUGGGUUGGCCUCCUUUCCCUGCCGUCGGGUUCCUAGUGACAGCCUUCUCUCGCUCUUGUGGGGGUGGAAGAAGAGGGCUGGGGAGAAGAUAGGGGUACUUGCGCAGUGAGGGGCUGAGAGGUGCGCCCUAGGCCGGAGGCUAGAGACCCCCCCCCAAAAGGGCUCUUGGUGGCACUUUAGCUUUGAAACCUCCGGGGAAGCGACAGUGGGGAAAAGUAUCAGAAGGGCAGGAGCAAAGACCCUGUUGUAAUAUAGCCUCGGGCGUCGUCCUCGGAGACGGUCGGUCAUCCUAUUGAUUCAGCACUAACUCUGUGCCAGCCACUGGGACGGAGAUGAGAUCGUUGGGUUGGAUGCAGUCCCUGUCCCACUGGGAACUCCCAGUCUAGGAGGUAGGCAAGGCGGAGGUCCGAGGCAACCGAGGCACAGGUGACGCGAUCUCCCCAGGGUCAUGCACAGCGGGCCCGUGGCAGAACCGGAGCCGGAAUCCAGGUGCCCUGACCCCUAGCCCGCCUUUCCCACUAGGCCCCCAGCACAAGUACUCUAGAGCGAAGAGUCCUCCGGGAUUUGAUAAAUGCUGGCUAGCCUGUCGUUUCUCGGAGUGGAAUCUCCCAGGUUCUAAAAUCAGCCCGUCUGUCAGUCCCCACGUCUUUAGGGACCCUCCCCCAGGUACGGAGCCCAGUUUGCAAGCUCAGUCACCCAGACGGGGCUCCUCUGCCCUCUCCCUCCCUGCCGGCCGUCGGACGGCUGUCGGCCUUGGCUGGGAACCAACCUCCCUCCCCUUGGUUCCAAGGUGUUUUCCUUCCUUCCUCCGUCCUAGAGCCCGAGGCCCCAGCUCCCUCCGCCUUGGGCAGGGCGGGCAGACGGACUCCCGAGCGAUAAAGCUGAGGCGAGGACCGUGUCCAAUCCCAGGCCCCUUCUGCACCCGCAACCGUUCUGCGCACGGUCGGUGCCCCAGUACUGUGCUCUCUACACAGUAGGUAUCCGGUUAAUAAUAAUAAUGAUAAUAAUAAUAAUGAUGAUAAUGAUAA